AUGGCAGACUAUGUGUGGGCGAGUGACGCGCGGUUGCUAGGCGCUGGAGCGGACGGAGAGGUAAGGGUUGGGUUCCACCGAAAGACCGGAGACAAAGUAGCCAUGAAGAAGAUGUACGAGCACGAGUACCUUUACGAUACCAUCAUCAACGAGUCGGAGAUCCUGGAAGAGGUAGCGCACGACAACGUUGUCAAUCUUCUUGGGUUGACCUGCAACAACCAGGGGACGUUCAUGGUGAUGGAGCUCAUGGACGGGAGUUUGCGCGAUGUGGUCUCGUCACGCAAGCUUGGGGAGCACGACAUCAAGGCCGUGAUGCGCCAGAUCCUGGAGGGCCUGGCGUGGAUUCACGCGCACAGAAUCGUUCAUCAAGACAUCAAGACGAGCAACGUUCUCGUCAAAAGGGAUGGAGAGAAGAAUAAGCUUGUGGUGAAACUGGCGGACUUCACUACCGCGAGGAGGCUGCAGACACGCCCCUGGUCGAACGAGGUCGGGACCCUAACGUUCAACGCUCCGGAGCUUCUCAAGGGUGCCACCAGCUUUGGCACCGCAAUCGACGUGUGGGGCGCCGGGUGUAUAUUCGCGGAGAUGCUCCUGGGUAGCAAUCCCUUUGACGUGCCCGACGAGGAGGAUGGAGACUCGCUCAACUAUUUUGUGGCUGAUUUUGCCAAGAAGCUGGACAUCGAUGGCUGUGGCAUGGGCUAUCAAGACAGGCGCCGAGAACGAGCACGCGAGAGGAUCUUGGAGAAGAUGGCGUGGUGGAAAGCUGAGGACGUGAGAAGCGGAAUUAAAGACCCCAAUGCCGUGGAGCUGCUCAAGAGGAUGCUGGCGAUUGAUCCGGCGAGGAGGAUCUCGGCACAAAACGCCUUGAAGAUGCCUUAUUUCCAAGAGAAGGCCGAUGACACAUUUGUGGAAGCCAGGCGAGUGCUUCCGACAAUGGCGACUGCGAGUGCAAAUUUAAGGCCAGCUUGGCUUAAAAUCAACAACGCAGCCCCAUCAAUAGCUACAAUGUAA